AUGAAGCUACACUGGAAAAGUCAAGACCCUCGUCAAGAUACUCGACCCGAGGAAGACCUUCAUGAGCUCUAUAUGAAGAAAUCACACCCAACCGCGAAGACACUGCAUGAUGCUAUCUUCAAGCACGAGAGGCUGAUCUACAGACUUGAAGAAGGCAGGAUUGAGGAAGCCAAGACAACGGCAGCAUCGAAAUUCUUUGAUAUGCUAGAUGAGAGACUCCAAAUCCUUCUUCUUAACAAAUUCAAGGAAUCCAAAUCGGAUGUCAGAGGUUGUCCUUAUUCAACGCUACGUCAAAACAUGACCUGCUUCUGUACGGAUGGUUUUAUCAUUGACAAUAAAAUCGAAAAGAUCGAGAGUCCUGGGAAAAAGAGCGUCACUGACGGACUGACUAAGGAGUUCACAAUUUUGAAAAGGCCUAUGACUGCGCCUAGAGACGUCCAGCAACCUGUACAGAUUCGAGAUUGCUCUGAUCAGAGCAAACAGAACAUCGAUGUUCUCUCGAAACAACUAGCUGAGCUGAAAUUAUACAACACUGGGUUGUUUGACCGGAUUUUGAGGGGGGUCGAAGAAGUCAAUAUCAGUCGGAACGCAACUCAAGGCUCUGUGGAUGUUUACUACAAUGAGGAAGUUAUUCCGAUCGAUCGCCGUAUUACGGAUGUGACUGAAUUAAAUACCUCAGAUAACAGGGCAAGAGAAGACGUUUCGCUAAACGCUAAUGAACUCAAAAGAAGGCGUACAGGCCGAGAAUUCGUUAAUGCUAGCCUUGAUCAGGGCAAGAACUCGUCUCAGUCCGCGAAAACCAUUGAAGAUGAUCAACCUGAACGUGCGCCGAAUACUAAUAGCGCCCCAACCAGUCAAUAUAGGACUCCUACAAUCACGGAGGAUACUACUGAUGCUACUUCUAGCCCUGAUUACCGCAACGUGAGCUUAGCUGAUGGCAUUACGGGCCCUGAAAGCGGCGAUACGACUACCUCCUUUAACGAUAAAAGGAAGGCUAAGAAAAGUUGGAUUCCUACCAGGAUCGUCAACGGAGAAGUCCUUGCCGGAUGUCAAGAAGGGGAAGAUAACCUGCCUCUCGAUCACCUUGCGAAAAUUGUCGAUGAGACACUACGAUCUCAGGUCAAGCUGAAUUUCGCGGAUCUCUGCCGACUUCAUCCAGGCUAUGCGACAGCUAUAACCAGUUGGAUUCGAAAGAAUGCUCGUUUGGAUGCCCUUAACAUCGUUGAACAUCACGACUCCGCUGUUCCAGAUGGAAAUAGCCAAGCCCGUGCUCAUGAGAAUGAAGCCACGGUAAACCUUAACAUCACUGACUGCGGCGGUACUUCUGGUGAUCUGGAUCGACGCGAGACAAUCGGGCUCUUUGGAAUCACUGAAGAUGGGGAACUUGCCCUUGGCUCCGGCGGAAUUUGGGAGAGACUUUUCCCUAUGGGCAAGAAAGCGUCCUAUCAAGCAAGCAACCCGCCUUUGCUACCUGCGAUUUUUCAUCAACCUAUCGACCUGCUUACGCAUAAGCAAAAACUGGAAAUGAUGGUUGCAACCAGAGUCCACCGUCUGCCUAUGCUGUACGGGCGACUAGUGUCGUCCCAGAUGAAAAAAAUCUGCGCAUUACUUGAUUGUGGUUCUGAGUGUAAUCUGAUCAGCUGGGAUCUUUGUAUGUCGUUAGGUCUAGCCGUUCGUGAGACUAAUAUUGUGUCUCGAGGACUACACGGAAAACGACAACUUGCGGGGGAGGUGGUUGAAAAGUUCUGGCUUGGCGAUCUCUGUAUUGAAGUGCACUCUUUCGUUCUACCUGAAGGAGAAGCAGCUCAGGCAGUUAUUCUGGGAAUGCCUUUCUUCCGUAAUAUGUCUUUGACCUUCGAUUAUAAGGAUAAAGAAGUAGUCACUGCGAAUGUUGUCUUUGGGGAUACUUGCAUCAAAGCCGCUGUUAUUGCUUCCCCGAAUAUCACAACCUCACGUUCUCAGCAAGUUUAA